GACUCUACACGUGUGGCGUUUGGGAUCCAGGAAACGAAGCAAAGAAAAGGGCGAGGGCACACAAGAUGCCCGCAGUGUGCCCCGCCCAUGAAGGCCGCAUGUACUGGGCAGAAGACGGCACAAUGAAGUUGAGAAGCGCCACGCUUGAUGGGCAGGACCUUCGAGAUGUGCCUGUGGCCAAGCUUACGAUCUUUCGACGGAAGAUCUUAGUGAUAGUGAAGACUGAAGUCCAGGAAGCCCCACGAGAUGUUGCUGUGGAUUUCACCCGUCGGAAAGUGUAUUGGACCGCUCUCUGCUGCGGCUUGCGCCGGGCCAAUCUGGACGGUAGCGACGAAGAAAUUGUGGCGAGCGCAGAGUUUGCAAGUGGAGUAGCUAUUCUGAAUGGCUCAGUUUUCUGGGCAGAUUGGAUGCAUGGCCAAAUUUUUCGUCGGGAUAUGGGAAACUCGGGAACUGAGGAGCCCAUUGUGACAGGUCUUGCGUCACCCGUGGAUGUUGCAGUGGAUCCUCAGAACCAGCAGAUUUACUGGUCAGACGUAGGUAUUGCCAGAACACAGCGCGCUUCUCCAGACGGCAGCGACAUACAGGUUCUGAACAUGAGUUGGGCUAUUAUGAAUACCUAUGGUAUGGCUGUAGAUGUGCAGGGUAGGAAGUUAUACAUGGCCGACUUCGAAAAGACAGGGGAGUUGACUGGUAGCAGCUCCGACUACGAAGGCCGAAUCAUCCGCACCAACUUAGAUGGAAGCCAGGCGGAGGUGUUGAUGAACGAGCCGGGCAUGAGCAUGCCGUAUGGCAUCGCCGUGGACUCUGCUGCAGAACAGGUGUAUUGGACAGAUCAAAAGGCUGGACGCAUCCAACGCCUCUCAUUGCGUUGUGCUAGCGGCGUUCUGGAGGUGCCAAGCAGGAUGAAUUCCACCAUGGUGCAGGUGGAACAUGGUGAGGCAGCUCAUGGUAGCUCCAUCGAAGUGCGCUGCCCCACUGGUUACAACGGCACAGUGACUCUGGCAUGCAGAGAUAGUAGCUUUGACUUGAAUCGCGGCAAGUGCGGAAAGCGCUGUCCAGCAGGUGCACAAGAUUUUAAGCCGCCCGGGGAAGACGAUCUCAGCUAUGUCGUGGGAUAUCCUGAAAUGGAUGACCGUGAAGACGUGGUCUCUGAAUGUCCCAGUCCUUUGGUUGGCACCAUGCGUUUCUACUGCCAAGAUGGUGUGGUCCUUGCCCGAGAACGGCAAUGUCGCCAGGCACGGCCUUGUCCCGAAGGGGACUUUUUGCUCGACCAUGCGAAGGUGCAUCACUCGGAAAUCAAUCACGGCUUCAUGGAAGCUAGCACCUGCCCCGAUGGCUUUGAAGGACAAUACUUCUUACAGUGCCAGGAUGGGGAAGUCAUCACAAUGUACAACAGCUCCUGCACAGCUACAUGUGAUUCAGCAGGAAGUUUGUGGGUUGAUGAUGGCGCGGUGGAGGUCUCCCAUGGAAAGAUCAUUGAGGGUGGAAAGCUGAAAGUGGUCUGCCCCGCUGGGUCCGCAGGAGAAGGCGUCUACCUAUCCUGUGAAGAUGGCUACAUCAACGUCACUGAGAGCACAUGCCAACGCUCCUCUUUUUGCCCUGGUGGAUCUGUCUUAGUGUCUAGUGCGGAAAUUCUUCAUGACAACUUGGAUGAUCAGGAACAAGUUAUUGUGCAAUGCCCCGGCGGCUUUUCUGGAUCUAUAGGUCUGACGUGUCAGAAGGGUAUGAUCCUGACUGAGGGUAGUUGUCACAAAGGAUGUGAUCAGACCUUCACCAACAUCUCCGGUUUGCAAAUAGAACUCCCUGGUGAUUUGGAGCAUGAGAUGCAGUGGAAAGUGGAGUGCCCAGAAGGUCAUUCAGGCGAACUACCUUUCAAAUGUUUGGAUGGCAACCUGACUUGUCCUGACUGCAAGUGUCUUCCACGGCUCUCUACGAUGGCUCCAGUGAUGCCUAGGGUGGAGAUUUCUGAGUUGCCAGUGGCUGCCCUAGCUGCAGCUGUGACGGCGGUGAUUUUGUUGCUGUGUUUUGCCGCGGGAUUGCUGUGGCACCGGGCCGUGAGACGCAAAGCCAUGGCCGCUGCAGUGGCAGCUGCAAUGGGCGACAUCCCAACGCAUUCGGUGCUGCCGAAGUCUGGCACCCGCUCUGGCCGCUCAGGGCAUUCGGUUUCACAUUCGACUUCUGCAGCGUCCAGUGGGUCAAAGCCGAAAGAUGAGGCAUCCUUCGAACUGGUAGUUGAUUUGCCGAUGGCACUUCCACUCUACUGGGCUACGAAUCAUGGCAUUCACAUUUUUCCGGACCCGAAUCGAAUUGGAGAAGUGCAGAAUCUGAUGACCGAAACGUGGAUGUCACACUAUACCCGAGAUCGCCUUUUGCACUGCGGGGGCAGGGUACCAGUAGGUUGUCGGGUCGCCAAUGUGCUUCGUGUGGAGAAUCACAAGGCCUAUGCCCGCUAUUCCAGCUACAAAGAUGCUUUGCGGAUGAAGCGCUCUCAGCCAUGUAAAAGAUUUACCGUUCGCACCAGUGGGAAAAUCAAUCUUCUAGACGAGAGCGUGAAUGAGGCCUACCUCUUCCACGGCACAAAUCCAGAAUCGGCACAGUCCAUCUGCAGAGAUUUCUUUCGAAUGGAUCGCGCUGGUACCUCUUCUGGCACCAUGUUUGGCCCAGGGAUCUAUUUGGCAGAAAACGCCAGCAAGAGCGAUGAAUAUGCAAAAGAAGGCUCUGGAGUUUACGUUGGGCUUUGUGCUGUGCUACUUUGCCGUUGCAGCAUGGGUGAAGUUCUUACAGUUUCCCAAGCAGGGGAUAUGCAAGAAAGGUUGCGAGACGGAGGCUACAACUCAUUGUGUGGUGACCGGUUGGCCGCAGUUGGCACCUACCGGGAGAUGGUCUUUUUCAAUGAGGAGGCUGUGUAUCCUGAGUUCAUUGUAAUCUACACUCGUUCCUUUGAAUAA